AUGUCAUGCAAUAGCAAAGCAGUUUUCAAAUCAUCACAUGCUAUCAGCUUCCCUAAGGGUGAUGACCUUUUGCGAGUCAUUCGAGGUUAUGAAGAGACAUGGAGCUUUCCUAUGUGUGCGGGCGCUGUGGAUGGAACUCACAUACCGAUACUGGCACCUAACAAAAAUCACACAGAUUAUGUCAACCGUAAGGGGUUUCAUAGCGUCCUUAUGCAGGUUGUGGUAGAUUGUAAUUAUAUAUUCAGGGACGUACGUAGUUAUCGGUUGGCCAGGAAGCGUACAUGAUGCGCGGAUUUUCUCCAACUCAGCCAUUUUUGCAAAAGGAAGGGAUAACUGUCUUUUCCCAGAUGACCUCAAUAGGGAAAUAUGUGGGGUGGAGAUACCACCGGUAAUUCUUGCGGACCCAGCCUAUCCGCUGUUAUCAUGGGUGUUAAAGGGCUACCCUAGGAACGAGGCAACAAGAAGUCAACGUGUUUUUAACUAUCGUCUUAUUCGUGCACGAAUGACGGUAAAAAAACACCUUUGGUAGGUGAAAAGGAAGAUACAUCAGAUUCAAAAAGCGGGUGGGCAUGGAUGUAAGUACUCUGGCACAUGUUGUACAGGCCUCCUGCGUGUUACAUAACAUAUUCGAAGCUCUUAAAAAUGAAUUUCUUCCUGAUUGGGCUGACGCUGAAGAACUUAUUGAGGAACCAAUACUUCCAAUUGAUGAAACGCCAGCACCAGACGCAGAGCUAUUCCGUGAUGCUUUAGCUGAAUAUUUCACUAGUUAG